UCACAUGAAAAUAUUCUUCUAAUAAUACUACAACAAAGAAAUGACUUGAACUACGUCACAACCAUUAAUCAAACUGACGUACAUAUGGGGGGUGUGAGGAGUUACCAAUCAGCUGGAGCCUUGGGACUAUAUAAGGAGGUCAUUCACAAGUCAAAAAAUACAGAAAGCCAAAGACUUCAGACCUUAAGAAAACCGCAACGGUAGAAAAGGGAGUUCAAAGGAAACCAAAGAGCCUGAGCCUGAGAUUUGUGGAGCAGCACACACCAGCCCAGUGUGUAGAUGAUGGUGAAGAUGGCGUGGCGGCUGACUCUUGCCGUGGCUGUGGUGUGUGUCGGCAGUGUGUGCAGCAGUGGACAGGUCGAUUUAAUGAGCAGACUGCUUAUGCAGAGGGACUACGGGGUCAAACUGUGUGGCCGAGAGUUCAUUAGAGCAGUAAUCUUCACUUGUGGGGGAUCCCGCUGGAGGCGCUCCACUAACGAUGACCUUGAAAAUCAGCAGUGGGAGAGCGACCAUGAUGCUACAGAGGAUGAUAACCAGCAGAGCUUAUCACAUGUUUCUGAGUUUACAGACACUCGGGCUCCUCUCCACAGCUCCCAGUCUCUCUCUUUGGCCGACCUCUUGGCCAUUUAUGGUGCUUUAGGAGAGAGGCAGCCUCAACAUCAGCAGCAAUUCCUCAAAGAACCCAACCCACUGGAGAAACCCCAAGCCUCCUCAUUUUUAGGGGAACAGGUUGUGACUUCCCUCACAGAUAACUGGCCUGUGUCCAAUAAGAAGAAGAGGAACUUUUCUCUAGGCGUGGCAGGCAUGUGCUGUAACCAAGGAUGCACCAAAAACGAUAUAGGACGUUUAUGUUGAAGACAAGUGACUGCAUUUAGUAUGAGUGAUGUGAUGGGUUUGUAUGAGAAGGCUUUCUAUUCAUUGACAAAUCUUUCAGUUCUUAGUCGUAACCACUGUUUAUCAUGUCACCAAUCUGAAAGCAGAUGUUUCAGGACAGAAACUUACAAAAUUUUUAAUUUGUCGCUAAGGUAUGAGAAUUUUUUGCAUCUGUGCUUUGUGUAUUUGCUCAGAAAUUAUAAAUAAAGUGUCCCAUCACUUCA